AUUCUGAUGGACACAAGACAGAGCAAUGUGAAGUAAGUUUGAAUUAAUAAACACAAGAUAAUUAGUUCAUAUUUUAGAGGCGAUGAAAGUGUAGGCGUAGCAUUCUGCAGUUACUGUGUUCAGAGUUUCUAUCACAUUUCAGGUUCAAGUGCCGCGCCCCCCCCCCCCCCCCCAGGGCCGGCGAUAGAUAUUUUUAGGUUGGGGGGAAAUAGGCCAUUGUCGCCCUCGGGAAAAUUAUGGGAAAAGUUCAGAAAUGUGUUGUUUUUUAUUUUAACAAAUUUUGCCGCCUCCGGUGGUUUGGGGGCCUGUGUGAUGAUCCGCCCCCCCCCCUCACCCGAGAACAAUAAGUUCAACGAUAAUGUAAAACUAAAGGCCUAUUUUUUGUUUAAUCAUAAUUUUUAUUUCACAGCAUCCUAAACGGCUUAGUGAAUAGUAGGCAUAGAGUCACCCAUUAGAAUUAGUGAAAUACCUCAAUCAAAUAUUGAAACGGUCGAUAGAUUUGAUGAUCUGAAUAUUUAAGACACGGUAGAACCUCCUCCUCCCCCUUCAUACGCCCCCAGUUCAUUGAUUUGUAAUUAAUAUUCUUAAAAUAAUUAUGGUAUGUAAAAAAAAAAAAAAAAUGUCCCGCUUUAAAGUGACAUAAAUAAUCUAUAGAACCAAUCUAAGAAAUAUUAUUUAAACGGUCGAUAGUUUUGAUGAUCUGAAUAUUUAAGACACGGUAGAACCUCCCCCUCCCCCUUCAUACGCCCCCAGUUCAUUGAUUUGUAAUUAAUAUUCUUAAAAAAAUUAUGGUAUGUAAAAAAAAAAAAAAAAUGUCCCGCUUUAAAGUGACAUAAAUAAUCUAUAGAACCAAUCUAAGAAAUAGUAUUUAUUUUGGUAAAUUUAGGUAAUAUUUAAAUUUCUAAUAAAAGAAAAGGAAAGCCUAGUUAUUAACGUUUUGUUAAUAUGAAUAUGUAUUACGUCAGUACUUUUUUGUGACAAGGGCAGAUAAUGAAACUUUUUUUCAAAACUAUUAUUUUAGCUAUAAAGAAAUCACAAUAAAUGCCAAAGGGACUGUUUCAGAUCUAAUGAUGACAAAGGUAGGUGUCAUUUUAGUACAGAAGUCAUAAUUAAUAAUUCGACCGUUUGUGUGUUAUACAAAUAAAAUAUAAAAAAAGAUGAAAUAUUAUUAUUAUUAUUAUAUUUCACAUGUGCUUUAAAAAAUUCAAUCUUUAUUUUAGUUGAUUUUUGUAAUUUAUAAAUUAAUUGAUACCAUUGAUUUCAGAAUGAUUUAAUAAUAAUCUAUUUAUAGUAUUAUGAAAGAAGACUGUGAAACAGAUUGGGUCAAUAAUUUUAUUUUAAAUAUGUCAUGAGGCCUAUGUUGACAGCGGAGAACCUCUUACAUUCUGGGAAAGUGACAUCAUGACAGAAAUUCAUGUACAGGGUACAAUCAAUAAUCCUAAAAGGAAAGGUAAUUUUCACAGGACUUAGUAAAAUGAUUUUUUUUUUUACUAUUAACAGCAACAGACAUCUUUAUGAAAUUGAUUUUCUUUCAAAUUUGUUCUUUACAAUUAUUAUAUUUAUUUCCUUUCUGUUACUAAAGUGUUACAUAAAAGUAAAAGUCAUUUAACGGUAAGUUUAAAAGAGUAUUUAAACAGCAUUUAAGGACAAAAAUUAACCGAGUAGAUCAGCCAAUGUUUUGUGUUAAUUUUAGUGUUAUGCUAUAAAAAAUAUAUGUGUUAUGAUGUGUCUCAUAAAAUUAAAUUUAUCACUUAAUGACUUAUUUAAUAACUUCAAUUUUUAUAUGAUAUUCAAAUUAACAUUACUUGACUCGUGCAAAUAAGGCUAUUUCAGUUGAACAAUGUGUUGCACAUAUCUACAUUUUAAUUUUAGCUUUGGUACACAUCUAAUGUGCGUUAUUGAAUGCUUUUCAUGUGUCCCCAAUAGAUUAUAGCUAAGAAAUAUAGAGCAGCUAAUCGACUAUUCUAAAUUUUUUCAUUUUAUUAGUUCCUUUGUACAAAUAAUUGAUCAUCCCAUGUAGUUUACCUUAACUGAUAUGAAACUUCUCCCUUUGUACAAAUAUUUGAUCUGCCCAUGUAGCUUACCUUAACUGAAAUUUCUGCCCAAUAUAAAAAAAAGAAGAAACAGGUAGUUAAAAGUUAUAGAUUCCAGAAACCUACAGCAUUGUAAUGUUAAUCAGGUACCAAAACCCUUGCCUGAUGAUUUCAGUUACUCAUAUAUCUAAAUCUGUGCUUCAGUCUAUUGCUGACACAGCACCAAGCCCCUGAAAUACUCUUAAUGGUACUAUUCUCUGCCUAACACAUCAGCUGAGCCUGUUAGUAACAGCGCUACAAUAAUCAAACCAAGAAUUAUUUUUGAGCAGUUGUUCCCUAUUCAUGUUCUAAUAGUGUUACCUUCAUUUCAUGCUAAUAUUUAUAUGGUUAGAAGCUUGCUACAGAACUCUUACAAUGACUGUUUCAUAUAUCAAUGUGCAAAUAUAUUGUAGAUGAAUACUGGACAAUAGAGAUGGCCAUACCCUUCUCAGCUCUAUACCAGGGCUCUGGGGCUUCACUCAACAGAUCAGCCCCUGAGCAAGGUGAAACGUGGAGGGCUAAUUUUCUGAGGUAUUAUUUUAGAACCUGAGUCAUCAUAUCCUUUUAUCAAGCACAGCAAUAAUUACCAGUACAAAGUGUGCAAGUUUUUUCCAUGUUAAAUUUCAGUUUAAAUAUUUCAGUAGUCUUAAGAGCAUCAGAUAAAGGCAUUUAAAAUUCUUUUUAUUUUAAAUCUUAACUUUGUUGUAUUUUAUCUUUACAGAGCAGAGUGGCCCAUCAAAAACUAUGGCACAUAUUAUGAAAAGGUAUUAUUAAAAAAAUUAUCUGAUACAACAGAUCUGUUCUGUUCAAGGCAAAAUUUAAAGGUUGCUAUUUGUGAAGCUAUCAAUAUGUCUUAUUUACUUUUAUUCAGUGGACAAUUGCAGGAAACCACGUGUUUUUAUUUAAUUUUUUAAAUUCAUUGGAAGUUCUUUUUUGUCCUCAGCAAAUUGAUGCCAGUACAGAAUGGUGGGUUUGGCAAUCACCAGAAGUCAUAAAUGUCCACUUACCAGAAAGGUUACAAAUAUAUUUAAUUUAACCGUUACUUUACUGGUAUCUAAAAUAUGAGACAUAAUGAGCACAAUUUUUAAACAACUCUACAACCGAAAUGGAAUUAAAUUAUUGAUUUCCUGCAAAAUUAUAACAUUAUUAAAUUUUAUUUCUUUUCCAUUGCAAAUUUUUUUUUUACUUCCAUCAAUGCCCAAAAAGAUUAAAUAAUGAAAGUUAUAUGAUUUAAAGGUUUUAUAAACAUGCUAUGAGAGAAUGUACAAAUUAUACCAUAAUAAAUUUGAACCAUAAUAUGGAAGGCCUACAUUAAGAUCCAACUGCUCUUGCAGAUGGGGUUUAAUCCAGUUCCAAGAUGCUGAAGUCAACAGCACACGAUUCCAGACCAGUGAUAAAUGGAUCACAACAAAUGCUUUGCUGGACACAUACGCUGCUCUUAAAGUAAGACUAACAUUCACACUUUGUUUCUUCUGAGAAGUUAAAGAUUAAUUUUGAUUUCGUGCUCUUGCAUGCAGAUUUGAUUCUAAACCCCAGACAGGUAGCACAAAAUUUAAAUUUUUAUACUGUUUAGUUAAAACUAUUUCAAAUAAAAUUAAUGUGUUUGAAGAGGUAUCAAUUUUUGUUGCUUGGUAUAUUUGGAUUUGUGUUCAAUAAUAUUCCAGAAACCUACAACUCUAAUUUUAUUCAGGUACCUAAAUUUGCUUCAAUGAUAAUACUCUAAUGAUAAAAGUUAAUUUAAUUUUUUAUUUCAUUUUUUUCCCUCCAGUCUUUUCACGCUGUGACAGGUCGGUAUACAGAUCGUAAAGAGUUGCUGCAUCUACCUCCAUAUAUUGUUUCAGGGAAAUGUCUGGCAGAAGUCAAUAUUGAACUUGACUGGACUGGUUUCAAGGUCACAGCCAAAGCUCUUGGUAAAAACAAAGAGGAAGGUCACACACGAACAGAUCAUUUCCUAUGGUUUGGCAAGGAAGACAUGCAAUAUUUUUAAUUUUUAAGAAUUUUUCAAUUUUAGGAAUUGUGAAUUAUAUUGCAUUUUCCUUAUCUUAAUUUUGUACAUCUUUUUUUAAAAUGAAAAACGUUAACUAAAAUCAUUAAGAAAGUAUAAAUAUAUGGGAACAUUGUCAAAUAACUGUUCUCAAAUGCCAAUGCUAUUCAAAAUUGAUACAAAUGUUUAAUUUAUAAUUAUCAAAAUAUAAAAUAUGUUUUAAAUAGAAUGACCAUGCCAUUAUUACACAAUUGAAACACAAUCUGAAAGUGGUAAGAAUGGAACAUAACAAUCAUGCUUUGAAAUGAAAGAAGAAAGAAUCACAUGAGAAUGUUUAUGUCAUUUUAUUGCAUAACAAUUAAAAUGUUCUAUGUAUACAAGGUCAAAUGGUGAAAUACAAGAAUGUCUGCCAAUUUUUUUUUGGUAAUAUUGCCAAUGAUAAAUGUUUGUUUAGCACUUAACUAGUUCACAGAGGAUUGUAUUUGUAUAAAGUUCAAUUAUUGUUACAUUUCAAGUCUUGGUGAACAGUUCAAAAUACUUGGAAAGGACAAUUAAAACUCUUUUUUCUUAUUCAUUUUUUAUAUCUCAUUGUUUAUUCUGUCAUGCUAAUAUCAUUUACUCAAACUUUUCAAGAGAUAAACCUCAAGCAAUACAAAAAUGCAUAAUUAAGUAAAUACCAGUAAAUUAUUAAGAUUGAAAAAAAUUAAUGAAGAAUAUUAGGAUUGUUGAAAUUAAUUAAUCUUAACACCUG